AUGUCUGCAUUGUUAUUUUAUACUGUGUGUUAUAUUUUAAUAUCAGGAUGUAUUGUGUAUCCUCCUACAGAAUUUGUGUCAGCUGGGUUAACUAUAAAAGACAUAUUUUCAAAUUGGCUAGGAAGUGAAAAUGAGUUUUUUAUACAAUAUCACAUAAGAAGAAGUAUAAUUACAUUAUUUACACAUUCCAUACUUCCAUUCGGUUAUGCUGUUGGUUUAAUUCUAUUUGGACAUGUGGAAACUAUAAUAUUAUUGUUAGGCUGUCAUAAUUUAUGGUUAAUAUUUUUUACUUGUACAAUUCUUCUACCAUUGUAUACAUUGUAUAAAAUCUUAGUGUGGUCUAUGAAUAACUGGAUUAAACAUCCUAUUGUACAAAAUCUUACAAUUUAUUGUAACAGUAACAAUAAUGAUAAUAAUAUGACUUGGACUACAGUAGCAUCUGAUAUCAACAUUGAGUAUCGAAGUAUAGGUAAAAUUGUAAUGAGUACAAAUAAUAUAUUAUAUGUAAUAGUAACAGACAAUUGGAUAAUUAAAGUAACGCUAUAUAAAAUAUUAGUUGCACAUCAAAAUGAUACAGUUUUAGUAGUUACCAAAAGUGAUACUCAUGACAUGUCACCUGUGACAAGAGGAGAAAUUGAUUUUAUUAACAUUGAGGUAAAAUUGACAAGAACUGGAUCACAAUCUUUUGAUAUAAGAUUAAAUGCUUUGGAUUUCAAAAAUUUACAAGAUAAAGUUUUAUGUCCUAUUACUAUAUUACAAAAUGUCACAUUCCAUAAAACCUUACUUGAUAGAUUCAUUGAUAAUUUUAAAGAACAAAUUGAAGAAAAUCCACUUUAUGAAAGUACAGAUGAAUUAGGUCAAUGUAUUGGAUGUAUGCAUGCUUCAUCAAAUAUAAAAUUAUUUAAACAGUGCACUAGUGAUUUAGGAAAUGGUAAUUCUGAAGACUGUGUGAUGUGUUAUUGUCGCCCAAUGUGGUGCACAGAUUGUAUGGCAAAAUGGUUUGCAUCAAGGCAAGAUGAAAAUGCUCCAGAAACAUGGUUAUCUUCUAAAUGUACUUGUCCUGUAUGCAGAGCACGAUUUUGUAUUUUAGAUGUAUGUCUCAUACAACCUAUUUGAAUAUAACAGAUCUCUGAAAUGGGAAACUUGUAAGGCGCUUGGAACAAGUUUUUCCUUAGCAAAAAUGUUAUCCGAGCCGAGCCUAUGUUAACGAGAUAUUAAUGAAAAAUCCGACCAAUUAGAACGUGAGUCUGCCGGUCGAGUUCCCCCGAUAGCGCUGGCUCCUCAGCGCUGAGCUUGUACUACAAACAAGCAAGAUGGACAUGUAUCGAAGGAAAUCACGUAGAAUAGCAAAUGAAAAGGACGAAACAAAUAAAGUUGAACUUAUUGUCAUUUUUUGUUUGUCAUUUAAGGUGAAUAAUGAACAAAGGAUAAAUGAAGGAAAAUCAUAUGUACCGUACAAUGACGGAUACAGUGUUUUUUUUUUAAACAGCCCUGUCAUCCAAACUUGCAAUGUCAAAUUUAGUGCAACGCUUGAUGUCACACAUUUACGCAAGUUGCACGCAACUGCGUAGGAUAGUUGACAUUGAGGUAGAUCAUGGAUAUAGACAGCGGGCAACACGGUCACGUGGUACUCUGAGCCAUAUUGACGAUUGGUUAUGAUCGCGUAAGC